GUUAGCUCUGCAACCGGAAAAUGCGCAGAAAAGGUGUCGAGUUUUGAUUACGUCACUAGUUAACGCGUCGAUAUCUACAGUCUAUGGUCGAUACACGAGGGCAAGGAGUUCCACUUGAGAUCUGUCCUCUCAAAUUUAAAGCAUGGGGAAGCAGAAAACAAGGAAGUUUGCUGCCAUGAAGAGAAUGAUUAAUCUGAAAGAUCGAAGAAUCAAAGAGAAAGACCGUGCUAAAGAUCAAGAGAAAAAGAAGAAAGAUCCCUCAGAGCUUAAGGAGAGAGAAGUGUCAAAGCACCCAUCGUGCAUGUUCUUCCAGUACAAUACUCAGCUUGGUCCACCGUACCACAUUCUAGUCGACACCAAUUUCAUCAACUUCUCCAUCAAGGCCAAACUGGACAUUGUUCAAUCUAUGAUGGAUUGCCUGUAUGCAAAAUGUAUCCCACAGAUCACAGACUGUGUGAUGGCUGAGAUUGAAAAGCUUGGAAUGAAGUACAGAGUCGCACUCAGAAUAGCAAAGGAUCCGAGGUUUGAGCGCCUGCCGUGCUCGCACAAGGGAACAUAUGCCGAUGACUGUUUAGUCCAACGAGUAACACAGCACAAGUGUUACAUCCUGGCCACUGUGGACAGAGAUCUAAAGAGAAGGGUGAGGAAGAUUCCUGGGGUUCCCAUCAUGUAUAUCUCAAACCACAGGUACAAUAUUGAACGGAUGCCUGAUGACUACGGUGCUCCAAGGUUUUAAUAUUUCUACAAAAGAACUAGACCUGUAAAUAGAUUGAAGUUUCCUGUUGAAUAUUAUUUUCCUUUUAUGUAUAUCAUAAAUAUUGUGAGGUUUUGAAGUUUGAUUAGGUGAGGAUGCGGUGUGUGUGUGUGUGUGUGUGUGUGUUUUGAUCCAACUGCUAAUUACUUUGAGUUUUGUUACACGAAUAAAUUAAUUGUUGCAA